AUGGCGCCAGUUCGACGGUAUCUGAGAAUAUCAAAGUUCUCGGUCCUCGAAUGCCGAAUCUAUCUCGACAAUCCCGCCCUGGCUCAGUCAUGGCUUCUCAAUCCUCGCAACCCAGUGCUACCCAAGGUGAUUGAGAGUAUCCGCCCAUUGGUUCUCCCAAAGCUCCGUGAAGAGAAGGAGAGGCAAAAGAGCAAGAGCAAGAGCAAGAAGAAGGGAAUCAAGGAUGUCGUGGUUUCAGACGAUUUUGAAGUCUCCAUCUUCCUGACAGAGACGAGCACGCGGCAUUCCUUGAUUACAAAGACCAAACACUUCAGAGAGAAGCUACCUCCGAGAAUGGAAUCCAACUCGUCUAAGCUUAUCGGUGAAACUGAUAGCGUCCCCGUUGAUGUCGACGCGGAGGAUCAAACUGCGGUCCUGGAAGAAGAUGAGAGCGAGGUCCGGCUGGCAGAUAUUCCCCUCGUCGAAACGGCAACAAGGCGGAGCAAGCGCCAAAGAGGGCGACCUAUCCGGGACGACGAUGAAUCUGAGGCAUCCGGAGAUGAUGAAACAGCGUCGGCUAUCGAAAUCGACUCUGAUACGGAGGCACCCCCACACAAACGGCACAGAGCCCAGGGAGCCUCGUCUGAGGAUGGUGCCGGCGAAAACGACGACAAGAAGAAGUUAGCGCUGGACGUGUCAUAUGACGGGUUCGCCAUCUAUGGUCAGGUGCUCUGCCUCGUCGUCAAGAAGAGGGAAACGGGCAGACCGUUGCAACACGCCGCAGGUGGCGGUGGUGUGAAUGCAAGAGGUAGGCCAGAAGGCCAGGCCAUGAUGGAGAAUUGGAUCUCGUCGACGCAGAUUCCGGUCGGGGAGGAGGCUUCAUGA